AUGGCUGAAAGUGAAUCUCCACACAAUGAAUCGUCUACUACAUACCAUUUAGAUUAUUUGGACGAGUUUUUACGAUUAAGAUGUGCUCCAGAUCUAAUUUCCAUGGGAAUCUUUCCAAAUGCGAAAGAAGUUACAGAAUCUUUUGCGAUUUGGAGUGCCAUUCGACGACAUAUUCUACCUAACUUAUCAUCGACGUCCUCUACAACUGGUCGUCGAAAUGCAAUUAUUGUUGUUGGUGAUGGUAUGACCCCUCGAACUGCUGGUCUGUGUGCAUAUUUAACCAAAGGUUUAUGGCAAUGUUUCAGUAUCGAUCCGAUACUUCAGUACGAUUCGUAUACUGACAUGGCAUUUCUUAAUCGACGAAGUUUAACGACAAUCGAUCAUUGCAAUGAAUGGAAAGCGACGGAAGGUUUACGAAUGGCACGUGCAAAGAUUCAAUCAGUUUCUAUUCUCUGUCGACAAGCUAUUGUCGUUAUGAUGCAUGCACAUGUCACUCUGGAUGACGCAAUAGCAGCGAUUGAUGCGUCAGAAGGCAUCGUUGGUAUUGUCACAUGUCCAUGUUGCAAAUGGGGACCAUACCAACAAGAAUGGCUGGGAAAGUCACCUCACCAACAGUACAAAGAUUCGAAUUUAUUAAGUACCAAGAACCAAAUGAAUGUAUGGUAUUUUCCAGAAGGUUGUCGUGUGAAUACGCCAUCGAUAACAUCGAAUGAAAUCGUGUUGCCAGAAAAAAAUGUAUGGGGUUUAGAUCUGAAACAGAUGGAAAGUAUUCUGUCUACCCGUCAUGGAGUGAAACAACGAGCAAUUGAUAUGUGGCCGCACAUCUUUCAUCAAGGUAUUAAAGCAUUCGAUAUGAAUGACAAUCAUCAAGUAUCAGCCGAUUUGGAUUCGUGGCCAUGGGCAACAUCAGUGUGGUCACCAAAAGAAUUAUCUUCAUUCAUAAAAACGUGUAGUCCAACAUCGACAGCAUGGUUUCAAAAACCUAUCUUAGUUGUCGGAACCAUUGGAGCUGUGCGACGAUGUAAACAUACAAUUUUCUAUGAAUUAAACACAUGUGCUGUACCAUCGGACCAACUCGAAGCUAUUCUACGAUCUUCUGAUCGUGUUUCAUCUAAGUCAGAUAUUAAUGAAGAACGAAUGAACGCAUCUCCUGGGAAGUUGAAAUCUGCUGAUCAUAUGUGGACUUACGUUGAAUACCAACAGCAUCUUCAAGCAAUUGCUUCCUUUGAUUCUACAGUUGAACGAAAAACUAAAAAACAAAAUCCAUCAACUACUGCUGAAUCGUUAGACUCUGAUCGACUUAAUGUUGUACUUUCUUUAGUAUCGUAUCAACAUAAGAUUCAAUCGGAGAACGAGGAUGAACAAGUGAAAGUCUUUCGACAGAAUCCACAACCACGACAAACGUUGUUUCCUUGGGCGAUCUACCUACGACCUGGUGAUAUCUUAGUUGCUUAUUGCCAAUUAGGACGUAAUUCAUCUCAAGGACCACAGAUAUGUCUAGUCGAUGGUAUUCUGCUAUACGAUAGUAUCUUAUAUAUGACUGGCAUCGAUCGUCGUAUUUUAAGAUAA